UGGUUCAGAAUAACCGAAAUCGAAAGCCAAAGCUCGCAAGGGCGCAAAACACCUCACAGUUUCGUUAUCCCUAAACUAAACACGCCACACCAGAGGAAGAGAGGGAGAGAAAUUCUAGAACAAGAAUGGCCGCAGAGUCAGUAACAAUGUCAUCUGCGUCGGCAGCUUCAUCGCUCUGCAAUUUCAAUGGCUCUCGGAGGCCAUUGCCUCUCUCUCCCAGACGCUUCCUCGGUCUCAACGCCCUCCGACGGCGUCGUACUCACACUCUAACCUCAUCUUCUCUCUCUGAAUUCUUUGGAAGCGUUCGACUCAGCUCAGAGCCUUCCAAGCUCUCAAUUUUGCAGAAGCAACAAAGGAGAAACUUCUGUGUCUUCGCCAUGGCUGCUGAUGAGGCAAAGCGUGCAGUACCGUUGAUUGAUUAUAGGAAUAUUGGAAUCAUGGCUCAUAUAGAUGCCGGAAAGACUACUACAACUGAACGGAUUCUGUACUAUACUGGUAGAAACUAUAAAAUUGGUGAGGUGCAUGAGGGAACAGCUACCAUGGACUGGAUGGAGCAAGAACAAGAACGAGGUAUUACCAUAACUUCUGCUGCAACUACCACAUUUUGGAACAAGCAUCGGAUUAACAUAAUUGAUACUCCUGGCCAUGUCGACUUCACGCUUGAGGUGGAGCGGGCUCUCAGGGUUCUGGAUGGUGCUAUAUGUUUAUUUGACAGUGUUGCUGGUGUAGAACCACAGUCUGAAACUGUGUGGAGACAAGCUGAUAAAUAUGGGGUACCUAGAAUCUGUUUCGUUAACAAAAUGGAUCGUCUUGGGGCAAACUUUUUCCGUACGAGAGACAUGAUAGUUACAAACUUGGGUGCCAAACCACUUGUUCUUCAAAUACCAAUUGGUUCAGAAGAUGUUUUCCGAGGAGUUGUUGAUCUUGUAAAGAUGCAAGCUAUAGUUUGGUCGGGAGAAGAAUUGGGUGCGAAGUUUGCGUAUGAGAAUAUUCCGGCUGAUCUUGAAGAGUUAGCUCAAGACUACCGUGCACAGAUGAUAGAGACCAUAGUGGAGUUGGAUGAUGAAGUUAUGGAGAGCUACCUAGAAGGAGUUGAGCCCGAUGAGGAAACUAUUAGGAAAUUGAUUAGGAAGGGAACUAUCUCAGCCAGUUUUGUGCCCGUUUUAUGUGGUUCAGCUUUUAAAAACAAGGGAGUUCAGCCGUUGCUUGAUGCCGUAGUGGAUUAUUUGCCUUCACCACUUGACUUGCCACCAAUGCAAGGAACUGACCCUGAGAACCCAGAGGUGACAAUUGAAAGGGGUGCAAAUGAUGAAGAACCAUUUGCAGGGCUAGCUUUCAAGAUCAUGAGUGAUUCAUUUGUUGGGUCCCUUACAUUUGUGAGAAUAUACGCAGGGAAGCUUAGUGCAGGGUCAUAUGUACUGAACUCAAACAAAGGAAAAAAAGAAAGAAUUGGUAGACUUCUGGAAAUGCAUGCUAACAGUAGAGAGGACGUCAAAGUUGCUCUAGCUGGUGAUAUUGUUGCCCUUGCCGGUCUAAAAGACACCAUUACAGGAGAAACACUGUGUGACCCUGAGAAGCCUAUUGUUCUUGAACGGAUGGACUUUCCUGAUCCUGUAAUAAAGGUUGCAAUUGAACCCAAGACUAAAGCCGAUGUUGAUAAGAUGGCGACAGGCUUAAUUAAGCUUGCUCAAGAAGACCCAUCCUUCCACUUCUCACGGGAUGAAGAGAUCAACCAGACAGUUAUUGAAGGAAUGGGAGAACUGCAUCUCGAGAUUAUUGUUGAUCGACUCAAGAGGGAAUAUAAGGUUGAGGCUAAUGUUGGUGCACCACAAGUGAACUACCGUGAAAGCAUUUCAAGAGUUUCAGAAGUGAAAUAUGUUCACAAGAAACAGUCAGGUGGACAGGGACAGUUUGCUGAUAUCACAGUAAGGUUUGAGCCCAUGGAAUCAGGUGGCGGGUAUGAGUUCAAGAGUGAAAUCAAGGGAGGUGCUGUGCCAAGAGAAUAUAUUCCAGGGGUAAUGAAAGGAUUAGAGGAGUGCAUGAGUAAUGGAGUGCUUGCAGGCUUUCCUGUUGUUGAUGUUCGUGCCGUACUAGUAGAUGGUUCUUACCAUGAUGUCGAUUCAAGUGUCUUGGCAUUCCAGCUGGCAGCCAGAGGAGCUUUUCGGGAAGGGAUAAGGAAAGCUGCUCCAAAGAUGCUAGAACCCAUAAUGAAAGUUGAAGUUGUUACCCCUGAAGAGCACUUGGGAGAUGUUAUAGGUGAUCUCAACUCAAGGAGAGGCCAGAUAAACAGCUUUGGUGACAAACCUGGUGGUCUCAAGGUGGUUGAUUCCUUGGUUCCGCUAGCUGAAAUGUUUCAAUAUGUCAGUACACUCCGGGGAAUGACAAAAGGCCGAGCUUCCUACACCAUGCAGUUAGCCAAGUUUGAUGUUGUCCCUCAACACAUCCAGAACCAGCUCGCUGCGAAAGAAGAAGCAAUUGCUGCUUAAUUUUCUUCCCAUCGGUCAAGCAUCCAAUACAAAGAAGCGCCUUCGUCUUUUUGUAAACUUAAUGUCAGUGUCCAACAAGCCAAUUCUUUUUGUACCAAACCCAAAAAGGUGUAAUUCAAGUCAACUUUAUAGAAAAGGUUUUGAAGCAGUGUGAAA